GCGCUCCGUAGCGCCGCUCGCCGUGUGCUCGAGUACCCGCGCCCGCGCACCGGCCCGCGCCGUACAGCGUCGUGACGCCGCCCACGAAAUUGAAGUCAGGGGAGUCGAGUGUUGAGCGGGGUGCUCCAGUUCGGAGCCUCCGCCCUCACGAAGACGUCGCCUACCGUGUCGAGGUACGGCGGUAUGUCCGCGUCGGCGUCGCCGUGCGAGGAGCGCGCGCGCUCCCCCCGGGCCGGCGCGUCGCCCUCGUCUGCACCGCGCUCGCCCGCGCCCGCGCACGCCGUGCUAGCCACUAUGACCCCGGUGCAGCCAGCGCACGACUACUAUCCGCAUAAAGUGGAAAUGGACUCCGAUGAUGGCUACCCACCGGAGGCGCACUCGUACCGCCAUUCGCCGCACGAAUUGGCAGCAUACGCUACAGAUAGUAAAGUACCAGUCCAGCCCGAUGUCUACGACCAAGGAAUGGAGUCCAUGGACGAGAAAACCCCUAUAGAUUUAAUAUAUGAAGAUGAGAAGCAAACCGUAAUAUACACAACAACUCCAGACCAGAAACGCGUAGAGAUGAUCAGCGGCCAGCUGGAUGAUGGACAGCUGGUCAGUAGCGGUGGCCAACUGGUGGACGGUGGAGUAUCGGUGGUGGUCGGCGCGCCCGGACAGCCCACUGUUCUCGUGCUGGCUGAUCACGUCGUCGACGAGCUCGGCCAAGUCAUCACUAUUCCCAGAAGACGUAAAGAGGUGAUGGAGGUGAGCGGUGAGUCAUGGCGCGCAUACUACUCCAGCGCAGAGCACCCGUUGAGCGCCGCCACGUCCGCGGUGCUGGGCGCCGUAGCGGACGACGGCCAGGGCCAGCCCAUCGAGUACUACAAGCUGCCUCCGCUCGGGCAGGACACGCACCUCAACCUGCACAAAGACGCCAAACUUGUUGAUGUCUGGCCGGCCGGCGGAGCGCUGAAGGCGGCCAAUGGCGCGCACGGGGCGGAGCUGGCGGAGCUCUCGGGACUGCUGCACGCGGGGCUCGUGAAGCGCGAGCCCGAGGACCUCAGCCGCAAGGUGGUCGACGAGCCCGAGCACGCGCUCAAGCCGCCGCGACACAAGGUGGCGGUGGGUGAGCCUGGUGAAGCGGCUUCGCCGUCUCCGGCGCCAUCGCGCGCCUCAUCAGCCGGCUCGCUGCUGCCAGACGCCGCCAUGUACGCAGCCCAGAUGUUCGCGCCGCCAGGCACCCCCAGUCCCACCCCCUAUGGCGACCAGUACUCGCGUCAACCGGCUACCUUCGCUGGCGAGCCCUACUACAGAGAGUACUUCGUUGGCGAGGGCUAUCAGCAAAGGGCUGCACCACCUUAUGCUGAUGCUGAGCCGGCAUCCGCAUCCGCCUUUAGUGAUCGAUACGCCACCCCUCGCUAUCACAGCAAGAGUGUUAUCGCAGCCGCUGGGCUCACAGUGGACCUGCCCUCACCAGAUAGCGGCAUAGGAGCCGAUGCAGUGACUCCUCGGGACCACGCGUCCACUGUUCAGCAGUCAUUCGACUACACGGUGAUAUGCCAGCAGCCGGGAGUGGGUGAGGACGGGCGAGGGACGCCAUCAGCUCACCACUCACCUGCGCAGGCGCCACGCACCAGGCCUUGGCAUGACUUCGGAAGGCAAAAUGACGCUGACAAGAUACAAAUCGCAAAACUGUUUUCCCCGUAUGGCUUCAAGUACCACCUGGAAACCGCGAGCAGCAGUUCGCAGAGACGUGAAGAUGACCGAAUCACAUACAUCAACAAAGGACAGUUCUACGGCAUCACGCUCGAGUAUGUUCACGAUCCUGACAAACCACUCAAGAACCAAACAGUCAAGAGUGUAGUAAUGUUAAUGUUCAGAGAAGAAAAAUCACCUGAAGAUGAAAUCAAAGCGUGGCAGUUCUGGCACGGCAGACAACACUCUGUCAAACAGAGGAUAUUGGAUGCUGACACGAAAAAUAGCAUCGGGCUGGCGGGCUGCAUCGAGGAGGUGGCACACAACGCCAUCGCCGUCUACUGGAACCCGCUAGAGAGUGCUGCCAAGAUCAAUAUUGCAGUACAAUGCCUCAGUACAGAUUUUAGCAGUCAGAAAGGAGUAAAGGGUUUACCACUACACAUACAAAUAGAUACAUUUGAAGACCCACGAGACCAACAAGUAUAUCACAGAGGCUACUGUCAAAUCAAAGUUUUCUGUGAUAAGGGUGCGGAAAGGAAAACAAGAGACGAGGAGAGAAGAGCGGCCAAACGAAAAAUGUCAGCCACGAAUAGAAAGAAAUUGGACGAGAUUUACCACCCAGUGACGGAGCGCAGCGAGUUCUACUCUAUGGCGGACUUGGGCAAGCCACCAGUGCUGUUCAGUCCAGCUGAGGACAUCGACAAGCUGGCGGGCAUGGACAUCCAAGGGUUUUACGGACACGAUGACUCUGCUCUGGCCGAGGCCCACCUCAAGGGUGCCUCGCCUUUUCUUCUACACGCCGCCAAGCCACAGGCACCCGCUCUCAAAUUCCAUAACCACUUUCCACCCGAUGCCCCAGGUUACCGAGAAGUUGGAGGUCUGUCCCCGUACAGCGACCGCAAAGACUCGCUGGAGCUGGAGGGCGUGCUGGGCAAGAGGCCGCGCGUGAGCACCCCGCCGCUCAGCGAGCGCGUCAUGCUGUACGUGCGCCAGGACACCGAGGACGUGUACACCGCGCUGCACGUCGUACCGCCCACCACGCAGGGCCUGCUGCAUGCGAUUGAGAAUAAGUACAAAAUUUCAAGUUCGGCAAUUAAUAAUCUUUAUCGAAAGAACAAGAAAGGGAUUACGGCCAAAAUUGAUGAUGAAAUGCUGGCAUAUUACUGCAACGAGGAUCUGUUCCUGCUGGAGGUGCGGCCGGCGGUAGCGGCCGAGGACGAGCGGCUCUACGACAUCACGUUCGUGGAGCUGCCGCUCGACCCGUAGCGGCGCGCCUCACCUCGCUGGACUUUAUCUCGCCGCCCUCCAUCGCCCUACGGACGGCAGUUUUUACUAUAAGCAUUCCCGAUUUACACUCUUUACGUGAAAAAUCUUUAUGGGAUAAGGUUGUAUCAAAAGUGUCGAUCUCAGGUUGAAAUUUACUCAUAAGCGAUUCACUCUCUAUUUUGUUUGAAACGGAAUGUUAAAGAAUGUUUUGGUUAUCGUUGUAAACUAAGCAAUCGAGUCGAGACCGUUGUGUAAAUAUCUACUUUAGUGCCUUAUGACAUUACAUCGUGAUUCGAUUGCCCGGUGAUGGCGAACAAAUUUUUAAUGUUGAUUAGCAGAAAACAUAAUGUUUCGUUAAUUUAAUGUAUUUUAAUGUAAAUGACGAUUAUAUGUUGCUGAAUAUGAACGUGUGUGCCAUUCACUCGGUUAUCAUAGGUAUGUAGUUAACAUUUCAACAGGUACCUUUUAUUCUUGCCAUGAUGAUAAAGUAAUAAAUUCUUGUCACAAACUUAUACGUAGGUAUAAUAUAUCUACACUGAGAAAAGCAUCAAGUGCCUUCGUCAUAAUAAUUAAUGUUAUAAUAGAAUAAUGUAAGUGAGUUAAGUCAAAUUAAAUGCCAUCCACUUUGUUAAGUUUUGUAAGCCUAAGUUUGCUUUAUAAGCUCGCUCAAUUCUUACAAUUAGUAAAGUUGAUAUUAGUUUUAGGUCCACGCAUGCGUACGUUGCUUCCGCUCAGUGACAAAGCUCAUUUUGAUUAUAUACAAAAACAUAUUAAUUAUAAAAAGUAAUAAAACAACCGCAUAUUUGCAUUAAUUUUGUUCAUUGCCACGUUUCAAUCAACGUGAUGAGUUAUAAUCGGAAGCAAUGGCGCAAAUUACAAUUUUAUGAGACAGAGCCGAGGUUCCGUGUUAUGUUGGAUGUAUAAUAGUCAUAUAAACAUAGUCACAAAAUCGUCCAUCCGAACAACAUUAAUAUUAUCAUCGAUGGGAGUGGUAUGUGUAUAACUUUAAGUUUUUUAUUAAUAUUACAAUUGUUAUAAUAAACGAAUUUCGAUACGUAGGUUAUCGGGCCAUGACAACAAUUUAGUUUAUCAAGUAUUUUAUGUCCAAGACUUAUUUAUAUUAUAAGAUGAAGAUUUCGUGCCGGAAAGGACCAUAUUUUUCUAUAGCAACUUAAGAUUUUUGUUUUUAAACCUCCCUAUAUCAAACUAAUUCGACACCAGAAAAUACUUAAUAACCUGAAUUAAUCAUUUUUAAAGAGUAAAACGUAUAUUAUUGUUAAGUUAUUUCCACCGAUUAUUCAAAAUUGAGAACAAGGUUCUGUGUCAGUGUAUGCGCGGGCGCAGGCAGCGCGUCGCCGCCAAAAGGGAGCGCGCGCCCAGCAGCCGCGGAGUAGUGCGGACGGUUCGAAUAACUGCCAUAUUAUGACAUAAUUUAGAGUACUUAAUGUUCUUAGACGUAGAUUCUUUAACAUAAUGUUAGUUCUUUUUACUGUGUCUCAUGUGACUUGCAGGUAGGCAUCGAAUUUUAAUUAAGAUAUAGUUCAUAUAUUAUACAUAUUAUAUUAUGUAACGUGUUGUUUUUGUUUCAUUCAACUCUAGCUGCGAUUGCGUUGUGACUAGUUCCGGCCUUCGCGUUUCUAUAAUCUUCCAUUAUUUUGGCUUUCGUACACUUGUUAUAUCUUCACAAUUCUAACUUCUUUUAAUGUUAUAUUUUGGUUACAAACCCGUUGCUCAAUGUCCGGCGCCACUCUGAGGGCGGGACCCUAACAGCACUGUGUUAUACUCAUACUUAUGCAAGUAAUUAUAUUUAUUUAUAUACUUAUUAAUAUAAAUUGUGCAGCUUUAAUGUUUACUUACAAUGAUGUUAGCUCGUGAUUCAGAAUCUCGUCAUAAGUCACAAACGUCAGUAGCAAUAAUACAGUGUAGUAGUUAAAAUGUUAGCGUUCGCGGUGAGUCGCCACGAAGCAGUCCUCGCCGGCAAGGUUGUGCAAUGUAUAAUCAGAGUUUUACUAUUAAAGUCGUAUAAUUAUAUGAAAGCCGUGGUUGAUCACGUCGAUUGGAUUGAAAUUAUAUAUAAUAUAAAUGUAGGGAGAGGCGCUGCGGUGGCGACCCGGCGCGGACGCAAGGCUUGCGGAGAUAUUAGUCACACUAGUUAAAACACAACCCGAAAGUGGUAGCACAUUUUCGUUAUUAAAUUGUACUGUACUUAAGAUUUAAUUGAAUAGAUGUUACGUUAUUCUUUUAUAUGAAUAUUUGUAAGUUGACAUAAAAAUAUUAUUAAUAUAAUUAUUUUUAUCAAAGUUUAUAAUCUAAAUAAAAAUGUUUUUCUUGAAAACAU